CCACCUUUUCCCCUUAACAUAAGAGGAGAUGUUAACAAAAGCUAAAUAUAUUUUUUACUAGAGUGGUCCCUGUAAUAAGAAAGAUCCAAGAAGAAAUAAUGAAAAAUGGAUGUGUUCAGACACCGCCGAAAGAGGGUGGGUGGAGAUAAGCAACGCAAGGAAUAGUAUGCUUUUGCACGUGUUACAAGACUACAUAGGUCAAUACUCGAUACCACCCAAAACUUUUAUGUUCGAAUCACUCAAGUUUCGAAUAUCAAUGUUCAAGCAAGUAAAGCAACCCAACCCAUCAACUUCAUCAUCAAGGAAAAAGGAAAGUAUAUAUAUAUACCAUUCGCAGGUUGCAUGCAAAAUAUAACAUUCUUUCUGAAUGGCCAGUGGUAGGGGUGAUAGAAUGGUUGGAGGAAGAACGUCGGCAGGAACUCCAGUUCUACAACAGAUAGUACCUAAUUCUGGAUGGACACAGGACUCUGCGGGCCAUUACCUUCUGGUGGAUCUUCCUGAAUUCAGGAAGGAAGAGGUGAAGCUCCAAGUUGAUAGCUAUGGCCGUAUUGUUGUAAAGGGAGAAAGGCAAAUAAAUGCGUGGAAACACGACCAUUUUCGGCUGACUUUUCCUGCUCCACUGGACUCUGAUAUGGAUAGGAUAGCCGGAAAGUUUGACGGUGGAAUCCUUUAUGUCACUAUCCCCAAGCAAGUAACGCAACAUAGCAAAGUAAGUGAACUCGGGAAAGUUGGAAAUGGCAAAGUUGAAAGGGCAGAAGAAAAUGGUAGCCAUCGACAUGGAAAUGGUGAUGUUGACAGAGCAAAAGAAAACGAUAGCCAUCGGCGUGGAAAUGGAGUUAUAAGAACAGAUAAAAAUGAUAGCCAAGAGCAUGGAAAUGGCAAAGUUGAAAGAGCAGAAGAAAAUGAUAGCAGUGCAAGUGAACAUGACAAAGAUACAGAGCAAGAAGUAAAAAGAAAUGAAAAUGAGCGCAUCGAAGAAUUUCCGGAACAAGUAAUAAGGAAGUGGGAGGAAGAAUCCAUGUUAAGAGGCGCAGUUGAUGUUUUGAGGGAAAACAAAGGAAUUGUUGUAACAGCUGUUGUAGCCUUUUCCUUAGGGUUCUUGGUAUAUCGCAAAUUCAAUAGCAGUGUAAGUUAAGUCCUUUGACCUCAAUUGAUAUAUGUAUAUCCCUCACUUCAUUUCA